AUAAGGUAGUAAAACAUUUCAAGUCAUUUUGGUUAUUAUGUAUUUUAGGGAAAUAACUAAGUGAACAAGCUUGGGACUAAGGGAGGAUAUCGAUAGAUAUAUGCGAGUAUAUAUUGAAUAUGAUAUUAACUCAUGUAACCGCCAAAUACGACAUGACUCCAUCCACACCUUUACUACCUGCCCUGGAGCACCAAUGUCGCUGCUUUUCAAUGGCUGAGCUCAGUUCAGCAACGGAUAACUUUGAUGAAAAAUGGUGUAUUGGCCAAGGUGGGUUUGGUAAGGUGUAUAAAGGAAUGUUCUCUGAUGACCCAACAAGUAUCUAUGCCAUUAAACGGUUGGAUUUCAUGUCAAAUCAAGGAGCAACUGAGUUUUGGGUUGAAGUUAGGAUGCUUUCUAGGUUGCGCCAUUGUAACAUUGUGCCGCUUAUUGGUUAUUGCAACGAGGGGAAAGAGAUGGCUCUUGUUUAUGAGUACAUGCAUAAUGGAACCCUCUAUGAUCAUCUUCACAAGAACGAUACAGUUUUGACUUGGUCUCAACUGCUCAAGAUAUGCAUCGGAGCUGCACGUGGUUUGGACUAUCUACACACCGGCACUGGCACACAACAAGGAGUCAUACACCGUGACGUGAAAAGCUCCAACAUUUUGUUGGAUCAGAAUUAUGCUGCCAAGAUUGCAGACUUUGGAUUGGCUAAAAUAGGGCCGAUAAAUCAAACACAUACACAUGUUAUCACCACAGUCAAAGGCACCUUUGGGUACAUGGAUCCAAAUUAUUUCUACACGGGCAGAUUAACAAGAAAAUCUGAUGUUUACGCCUUUGGGGUUGUAUUGUUUGAAGUGUUGUCUGGAAGGCCCGCUUCGGACAACAGUGGGUCCUCUUCUUCCUGA